UGCCGUUAUUCUACCCUCGUUCAAAAAAUAAAAAGUUAAUAUGCCGAAACGAAGUUCCAGUGAAAGAAUUGCGACUUAUGAAGCGAAAAUAAGGAAAUUGCAGCAAAAAGAAAUCGAAAAGAACCAACGCCGUCGUCGGAUUGUAAUUUUCUCCGAUACUUCACAAUCGGAUAACUCAGACACCGAAAUAAUGACAACCAAUGACCCAACGGAGCCCAUAACAAACUCAAAUGAUAGUGCAUUCGACGCAUCAACGUCACAGCCUCAAGACGAGGUCGUGGAUACACUGCCAGAUACUGAGCCGCCGCUCGACCUUGAAAAGUCCGAGGACGCACAGCCGGCUGCGCCAGACGCAACGGCGACGGAGGAGCCAGUCCCAGAGCUGGAUGCCGAAUUCCUGUCUGCACUAGGUGAUACUGCCGACGAACAACCCAAAUAUGGGGAAAAAAUACACCAUGACCUGGCUCAGAGAUGGCUGCCUCUCUUACGCCGCGGCAUCCCAAAAGACCAAAAAGAAAGUCUCCUUAAAGAUUAUUUAAUUCCGGAGAAUUGCAAAUUGCUUAGGGCUCCUACUUUGAACCCUGAAAUAUCGGCAGCCGUAACAGACGCCUCCAGGAGUCGCGAUAAGAAAUUAGAGAGCGCCCAACAACAGUUAGGGCUCGGCAUCACCGCGUUGAAUAGGGCUAUGUCCCUCAUAAUCACCGGUGACGAUAAACAAACCAAGGUAAAAGCAAUAAAGAUGCUAUCUGACGGCUGCCGCAUUUUAUCAGAUCUUCAUUUUACGGAGACUCAAGCUAGAAUCAAGCUGAUUACUCCUAAUUUGGAUAAAACCUUCCUGAACAUUAUUCAAGAUGUAGACAGAGACGAGUUCCUCUUCGGAAGCAAAUUAUCUGAAAAGAUAAGGGCCUCAAAAACAAUUGAAAAACAAGGGCUUCAAAUCAAGAAAGCCCCUGUAACUCAGAAAGCCCCAACACCGUCUUCGUCACAAACACCUGCUCGGCCACGCUACCAGGGAAACUGGACAGCCCCUUCUCGCUACCCGCAGCCCUCGAACAGGGGGGGGAGAGGAGGGGCUCAGAAGAACCAGUCGUCAUCAAACUUCAAGGGGACUCCUCAACAGCAGAACCGGUCCUCGACGCAGGCGAAGCCGCGUGCCCCUCCUCGUCAGUGACUGAGGUACAACAUGCAGGUCGACUGCAACAUUUUUACGAAUGCUGGCUCCGCAUUACUAACAACUCCUUAAUUCUUAGUUGGAUUAAGCACGGUUUCUCGAUACCUUUUGCUAAACAACCCCGACAGUCUAACAUCUUUCGUAAAACAUUUUCAUCUAAGGAAAAGCUUGAAAUGUCCGAAGCCAUAGGGAAGUUAAUAAACUUAGGCGCAGUGGUUCAAUGUGAACCAUGCGAGGGGCAGUUCAUUUCUAAUAUAUUUUUGGCCCCAAAG